AUGGCGGGCAAGAAGCGCAAGCAGGGCGGCCACUCGAAGGCGCGCAAGAAAGCCAAGGCGUCGAAGGCAUCGGGGCUGCUGUCGGCUGAGUUGAUGGCCGAGAUGGGCGGAGACGAGGCCGGCGGCGCGCUGGUGCUGCCUGGGCGCCGGGAGAAGAAGAAGAAGGUCGAGCAGCUGCCCGAGGAGCUGCUGCAGCAGGCGCAGCACAUGAGCAAGAGCAAGCGCAAGAAGCUCGAGGCCAUCGCGGCCCGCAAGGUCAAGGAGGCCAGGCGCGCAGACCUGUACAAGUCGCUGGAGAAGCAGCAGCUCUCGCAGGACCAGCUACGGCUCAUGUACAGCACGUCGCAGAUGGGCCACAAGGAGACGCUGCGCGAGCGGCUCAAGCGCUCGCUGAACCGCCAGAAGGCGGGCAUCGAGCUGGCAAGAAGAAGCGCAAGAAGAAAAAGCAGGCGGUCCGCUGAUGCUGCAGCUUCCGUCUUGGCCGUCGAAGAGGAAGACCCCGAGGAGGCAGCCAAGCGCGCUAGCUCGCAAAGCGCUGCCAUGACGAAGCUGGAGGCUCUGCGCAAGAAGAACGAGGAGAAACGCCGAUUGAGGGCGCUUGCUGCUGCGCAGGCGAAGUCUACUAGCGUUGCUGCCCCAAAGCAGGAAGAGGAGCCAACGAUUGAUCCUGCAGAUGUGUACGUGCCGAAGCCAAUCGUGAUGAAGAGCGCGGAGGAGAUGCGUGAGCUGAGCAAGAAGACGAAGCUGUCGUACAAGACGACUCUGGUGACGCUGACGCGCAAGCCAGAGAUUCAGAUGGCGCGUAUGCAGCUCCCCGUGUGCAGCUCGGAGCAGGAAAUCAUGGAGGCCAUUGAUGAAAAUGAUGUGAUCAUCCUCUGCGGUGAGACGGGUAGUGGUAAGACUACGCAGGUGCCGCAGUUCCUGUACGAAGCUGGCUAUGGCCACCCGGACCACCCGAGCAACAGCGGACGCAUCGGUGUCACGCAACCGCGACGUGUUGCUGCAGUUUCCACCGCCAAGCGUGUUGCCGAAGAACUGAAUGUUCCGUUCGGAGCGCCCAAGGGCCACGUCGGCUACCAGAUUCGUUACGAUGCGGAACACGUGAGUGAGCACACGCGCAUCAAGUUCAUGACGGACGGUAUUCUGCUGAAGGAGAUCCAGCAGGACUUCUUGCUGCGUCAGUACUCGAUCCUCCUGCUGGAUGAGGCUCACGAACGUAACGUGAAUACCGAUAUCCUUAUCGGUCUGCUGUCUCGCAUCGCCCCGCUGCGCGCUCAGAUGUCGCGAGAGGAGGAGGAAGCGUACCAAUCGCUGUCGGAAGAGGAGAAGGAGACCGCGGAAAAGCCCAUCAAGCCCCUGAAGCUUGUGAUCAUGUCUGCUACAUUGCGCGUGGAGGACUUCACGCAGAACCACCGACUGUUCCCGACUCCGCCCCCUGUGCUUCGCGUGGACGCGCGUCAGUACCCUGUGACUGUGCACUUCAACAAGCGCACGGAGCUGGACAACUACGUGGACGAGGCCUACAAGAAGGUCCUGAAAAUUCACAAGAAGCUACCUGAGGGCGGUGUGCUGGUUUUCCUUACGGGUCAACGUGAGAUCCUGCAGUUGUGCCGCAAGCUUUCCCGCGCGUACUCUGUUGCUGCACGAAACAAGAAGGCGGCAGCGCUCAAGAGCAGUCGAGCGUUCCGCGCUCAGCGCCGACAACCGACCCCCGAGCAAACGGCUAGCAGCAAGGACCACAUUCUCCGUGAGCACGAUGACAUCGAAGAGGAGGCAGACUUGGAGGACGCCCAAGUAUACGGAAACGAAGUCGAUGACGAAGAUGCUGCGUACGACCUGGAGGACGAGGAGCGCGCCUCCGACAAGGAAUACGACGAAGACGAAGACAUGGACGAGGAUCUGGCGGUGCCGUACUUGCAUGUCCUCCCGCUGUACUCGCUGCUGCCCAACGAUGAACAGAUGAAGGUGUUCGACGCUCCACCGGAGAACCACCGACUGGUUGUCGUGGCUACCAACGUGGCUGAGACUUCGCUGACCAUUCCGGGUAUCAAGUACGUGGUCGAUGCUGGACGAACGAAGGAGCGCGUCUUCGAUCUCGCCAACGGGAUCUCGUCUUUCGAGGUCACGUGGAUCUCCAAGGCUAGUGCUGACCAACGCGCAGGCCGUGCAGGUCGUACUGGCCCUGGCCACUGCUACCGUUUGUACUCGUCUGCAGUGUACGACACGGAGUUCCAGAAGUUCUCGUCCCCUGAGAUUCUGUGCCAACCCAUCGACGAUUUGGUGCUUCAGAUGAAGGCCAUGGGUAUUCACAACGUCCUGCAGUUCCCGUUCCCGACACCGCCCGACCGCCAGGCAGUGAAGAAUGCUCUUGCAACGCUGGUGAAUCUUGGCGCUGUCUCCGCGGGUGCGGACGAGUCCAUCACUGGACUCGGCCGUGCUCUUGUGAAGUUCCCGGUGGCUGCGCGCUUCGCCAAAAUGCUGUUGCUGGCACAAAAGCUGAACCUGGUCGAGUACACGAUCGCCAUCGUUGCUGGUCUUUCGGGCCACUCUCCGUUCAUCCACGUUGCCGAAGAAAUGCGCAAGCACGCGCAGUGGAUUGACCAAGAGAGCGACGUCCUGAGUCUGCUGCGAGCUGCUGGCGCCUACGCGUACACUGGAGGCAGCAGUCAGUUCUGCAAGGACAACCACCUGCACGAGAAGACCAUGCAGAACAUGCUCAAGUUGCGCCAGCAGCUGACGCGGAUCGUGAACAAGCUGUACCCGGAGGAAGAAGGCUUCAGUGCGAUUCAGCUCAAGCCGAAGAUGCCGCCUCCCGACCUCGAGACGCAGGUCGUACUGCGGCAGAUCGUGGCUGCUGGUUUCCUGGACCAAGUGGCGAAGCGCGUGCCGGCCGGAACCAUCACCGAAGGCACGAAGAUCGAGCGCAACUGCGCGUACGUCGCUGCGACGGCCAACGUGAAGGAGCCCGUGUACAUCCACCCGCACUCGUCCGUCUUCACGCCCAACCCGUCCAAGCUGCCGCAGUUCGUCGUGUACCAGCACAUCAUGCGCACGACCCGCGCGUACAUGAAGAUGGUGACGGCUAUUGAGCCCGAGUGGCUCGCGGGUAUCGGCAAGAACACGCCGCUGUGUAAGUACGCGCCACCGCUCACCGAGCCCGCCCCGUUCUACCAUUCGGAGCUGGAUGAGGUGCAGUGUUACGCCAAGGCGCAGUACGGUAUCCACCAGUGGUCGCUGCCUGCGAUGCGCAUCGCGUACCCCGAGCACGAUGCCUCGGACGCCAAGGACGGUCUGGCCGGUAAGUACCGGUGGUUCGCCAAGUUCCUGCUGGAUGGCCAGGUCAUCCCCAGUCUGCUGCCGUUCUCGGCCGCGCUCAAGGAGCCGAGCCACACGUUGAUCCGCAAGAAGUUCGACAAGAAGAUCCAGCUGCUGGUCGCCAAGCUGCAGCAGCAUCGCGUGGCGUCUCGCCGCGCGCUGGUCGCCAAGUGGAGCAAGUCCGACGGCAAGCUCUUCCUCAAGGCGGAGCUGCAGAGCUGGAUCAAGGACACGCACCAGGACGCAUUUAGUCAGGCGUGGGGGCCCUUGAUUAAAGCAGCGGUGCAGCAGGAGAAGAAGAGGAAGACAUCAUCAAGCUAG